UCCGGUCAGGAAGUCGGGAGAGGCAACACCUCUUCUUUAACACUUUAUUUAUACCAAGAUUCCACAAAAACUACAAUAAUGUCGUACAGAUUGAACCGUCCGAAAAGUCAUUACAACCACAUGUAUGGCAAACCUGCCAAUCAAGCAGAAUGUUAUAGUGAUAUUCGUAUCUCGAGAACGCCAUUUGAUGGUUUGUUCUGUUGUGUCAAUCUGAAGUAUUUAGCAAUCAUCACAGAGGCUGGAGGUGGAGCAGCAUUCAUGAUCUUGCCGUUGUCACAGACUGGUCGAGUUAAAACAGACCAACCCACUGUUGAUGGGCACAAAGGGAAAGUAUUGGACAUCAAAUGGAACCCAUUUGAUGAUAAUCUGAUUGCUAGUUGUUCUGAGGAUACAUCAGCUAAAGUCUGGCAAGUUGAAGAGAAGAAGGAUGGUGUGUACGCAAAAUUGUGCGUUGAUCUUGUCCACCACCAGAAAAAAGUCACUCACAUCGAAUGGCACCCAACUGCAAAGAAUGUAUUACUUACUGCAGGUGCUGACAAAAUGAUAUACAUCUGGGACUUGAUGAAACCCGAGAUCAUGUUCCAGUUUGAGUUCCCUGACUGCGAUUCAUUCCUUUCUUUCAACUUCAAUUACAAUGGUUCCCAACUGGUGGUGUCUACGAAGGAAACCGGUGGCAAGGACGGCUUCAUUCAUGUGCUCGAUGUCAGAAAAGGAGAAAUAUUGGCGAAAUGGAGUGCUCACCCAAGGAAUGCUAUGGCGCUAUUUGUCAAAGAUGGUCGCGUGUUCACAACUGGCUCAAAGAAGAUGACGGACAGGAAGUGCGCUAUAUGGGACUUGAAAGAUACGAGUGCCCCCCUUGAAUCAUGCGAAGUUGACAACUUCAACCGUGCCUUGUUCCCUUUCUAUGACUGUGAUACAAACUUGGUUUAUCUCUGGGGAAAGGGCGAAUCUGCAGUUAAAUUCUAUGAAAUAUUUGACAAGCCACCAUACAUCUACUAUCUCGGUUCAAUAACAUCCGCUAACAGUGGGAAAGGUAUCGCUUUCAUGCCAAAGAGGGGGUUGGACAUGACAAUAAACGAAAUGGCAAGAAUAUACAAACUAGUAGACAAGUCAUCAGGCGGUAUGUGUGAGGUGAUCUCGUGCCUUGUAUCAAGAAUAGACAAAACGUUCCAGGAUGAUCUCUACCCUGAUACCUUGGGGCCAAACGCGGUGCUCACAGCCGAUGAUUGGAGAGGUGGCGCCGAUGCUGUCCCAGAGCUGGUAUCUCUCCGAGAGCGAUUCGACGAGUUAUCUGUUGAGGACACCCAGGCUGAAGGCACAUCUACUUUGGGCUCUUCUAGUUUGGGCACAUCCAGUUUGGGCAGUUCCAGUUUGGGCAGUUCAAGCUUGGGCAAUAAGUCAACCGUCACAAGUAAUGCUGCAAAGAAGCCUGAAACAAGAAAAUUUUCGGCACCUGUGUCCACUAGCAGUGGUGCGACUGUUGCUACGCGAGUUAAAAUGAACAGUAAUAGGUUUGCAUAUAAUAGGAGUGGAUCAAGAGAGGAAACCAACACUACUCCUCCACCUGAACCAGUCAGUCGGGCCACCCCACCUCCUCGGGUGACAUCCUCCCCAGCUCCUGAUAGCGAUGAGGUCACAGCCCUGAGGGGCGAGCUCGUGAAGACACAGAACGAGCUGAAGGAUACUAAGGACGAGGUUACAGAGCUGAAGAAGAGGAUGAAGAAAUUGGACACCAGGUUGAAGAUGAUGGAAGCGAAGGUGACGGUGAUUGAACAGCAGAAUCAUGAUGAUGAUGAGGCGGAGGUAUAAACUAGAUGUAAUCGUGCUGUGGGACGGAUGUGGCACCAACUCAAAAAACCUAGGAUGGAGUUUGGAUCAGCAGUAGUUGCUCCAACAUAGUUGUUUGCAUCUUUAUGAAGCUGGAAUCCUUCUCUUCUUGAUUCAACUCGUCUACAAUCAUUUAGCACCGUUUACGUAUUUCAUUGUUUUCAAAAUUAACAUUUAAUGAAUAUACUAACAGAAACUACUUACUGAUCUUUCUAUACAAUGCAUAAUAUCAUGGUGAGUAUCUUGGUACACAGAGCUGCGGACCCAACAGGGGGGCACUGUGAUACAUGCAUUCCUUAGCUGUAUAGUCCAAGUGAGCCUAAGUGAGUGAUAUAUCCAUUUACCUAUACCCAAGAUUAAAAAAGACGAGUUUUUAUUCAUGAUAUUCCUGGUUUUUCGAGGUGGUGGCAGGUCCCGACUUUCGUUUCUAAUUUCAGUUGUAUUUUUACUUGUCUUGUGAUUUUCCAUGGCAACAUAUUGAUAUUGAACAAGAAUUUAUAAUUACAGAAAAGUAGAGUAGAAAUUAUGGGCCAAAGUUUGCAAGCAGCUUUAUAACGUGUAGUUACCGUAUUCUUAAAUAAUGUAGAACAAAAUGUACAAAUGUAGUUGAUUAUUCGGUGUCCUUCUUGUGGUUCUAUCGUCUCAUUCAACUGAUGGUAAGAGAAUAAUGCAUUGGGGUAUUAAUCUGUUUUGUAGUUUUAUACAUCGAGUACCAUGUCUACUUAGAAAAAAGGUCCUUUUUGUUGCCCAAAAUUUCUUUCUUCACAUUUUUCCAGAUUUUUUAACCGUUUUUUAAGGCCUCAUCUUUAUGAUGCGAAAACAUUUGUAGAAUUCUGAUAGAAUCACAGGAAGGGCCGGAUGUCUGUAUAUGAUGAUAUUGUUGCCUUCAAUGAAUACUACUUCUGUGCAUUUAUAUGGCAUGGAGCACUGUAACUUGGCAAUAUAAGAAACAAAUACCGAUCACACAUAAUUUCAUGUACAUGUACAUGAUUGUAUGCAGUCAAUAAUUACUUGUAUAUCCUUUUUUGUGUCCUAGAAACUUUCAUCCAGUCUGCAGAACAAACUUCUGUAGAACAUUCUUUUCUUUUCAUUCUAGUCCAAAGAGGAAGUGACAUCACCCGUUGCGCCCAUUUCAACUAAGUCGAAAAUUUUGAAAUUCGAAAGUCUUUGCUGACUUCAGUACACCUAACUACCUAACUUAUCAUACUAUACUCUCCCUGAACGCUGAACAAUUUACCACCAGUGUAAAAAUUACUUCAUCAAAUUGUUUUGUUGAAGUGAAAUCAUCCAAUCAAUUGAUAAUCAAACAUAAGGCUGACAGAUAAGAUAUCACAUGUUUUAUGCAAUCCCAGUUUCCACGUGUAUAACCAAGAAUCCAUAUCUAUUAUAAUAUGUAUUAAGAUUGAUGAAAACCUUGAGCUUUUGUUGAAUGAAAGCUUAUUGCUUGAACUCCAGUAUGGGGAUGAGAACUAACGACCAAUAGAACUUGAUUUCAUUUGAAGGCUUGGAGGCUUUCACAUUGAACAAUUGCAGGGGAGCUGGUUAUUCGGUGGACUCUUUGAGUUGGCUUUAGAGAGCUGGCCCAGGCUCCAUAGCGUAACAGUAUCAAUGGAUAGUCGCAGCUUUCCUUGGAGUGAUUGGGUUGGAGUUUGAUCACUCCCGUUCAAUGUGACACUGGGUUGCUUCUGUACUGCUCUUGUCUGGGGUUGGUCACUGUCUGGACAACCAGGAUGAGUGUGGUGGUCUUAAUCAUACCCAGAGCUACCCACAAGUUUUUCAGUUGUCUGCUGACCGUAACUCCUCUGAGCUUAGAGUGCAUUAACAACAGGGAUUUGGCUACUGGAGCAUUCAUAUGUUGCUCAAAGGUUAUGGAAGAGUGAGCCACUGCUGUAGCGUGGAAUGUUUCAGAUUGUUGUUGAAAGUGUUUUCACUGAGCAGAGAGUGAAGAUUGAAUGAUCUGAAUCCGAUUCUGCAUUCGUGGUCAGUAAAGAUUAUAUUUACCAGUUUUAACAAACAUUUUGUAUUGCGUGUAUCUUAGUUUAUAGACUCAGAACCCCUAUAGCAAGAAGAGUUUAAUACUAAACGAUAUAUAUCCAAGUCUAAUAUCUAAUAAACAUGAUAGAUGAGAUCUGCAACUACAGUUAAAAAUGGCUGAAAUGAGGUUGGUUUGUAUUCCCAUGUGGUUACUGAAUUUCAUAUUGUCGCGAUGAAGAUGAUUGGCAUAUGACUGAGAUCUUUUGUCCAACCGACCUAUUCUCAGGCCUGUAUAGCUGUACUGAUAACUGCCAUUCCUAGAUUCCCCAUGUUCCAGUGUUUGGCAGAAAUUUGUUAUCUUGAGUAUCUAAAUUACACAUGUAUAUGACUCUUUGUUGCAGUUAACCAUUCAGCAUGUGCUAUUCUUAACUUUCUAUUGCGCUUAUCACCUUUCCAUGACAGGUUCACCCACCCUCCCACCCAGUUACUAAGUUGUAGUUGUUUGUGUUUUUGAUCAUAGUGUUUGAAUAGUGAGGUUAAGACAGAAAGUUACAUUUUCUGCAAUCAAUUUCACUGUUAUCCUUACCAUGGGGCCAAUAAGUUUCGACAAAUUGUUGUUGUCAACUUGUUGUGUUUUUGACAGAGUGCAGUCGACUAAAAGUAGUUAUGUUUUUGGUUCCCUCGAAAAUACCGAUGAUCAUUUAACAAAAGUGAUUUAAAAUUGACUGAUGAAGAUUUAAACACAACCCUGCACUCUUGAUACCACAAAUAAGUUAUUUUUCAUCUCUUUUGGUUUUCCUUUGACUUGAGUUCACAAUGAGUUUAUGCAAUAUUAGACAUUUUAUGCCUAUGUACAGUACUGAGGACACCUCUUAAUGCUAGAUAUUUAGUCACUUACCUUUUGUCAGUUUGAAGAAUGUCUUAAAAGUAUUGAUUUUCAGUGUAUGAAGAAGGAACGGUCGUCACUCCUUCCAAGAUCAAUGAUAACCAAUGAAAGUUGUUUCUUGAGGUUGUAGAUAAAAAUUUGUCCCCAAUAUUUCCUCAUCACAUUUGGUUUAGCAUGACAAUCGUAAUGUGUUUUCUGAAUAUGAAAUGUUGACGUUUGAAUCUUACAAUGAGCAGUUGAUCAGUUUUCAUUGAUUCAAUACAUUUUCACUGAACAAAGUGCUAUGGUCCCUCUGUGCUAAAUUUUGCCUUAUGAUUCAAACUGCAUUUGAACGGUGUUCGGUAAGGCAGCACAAUUAUAGUCCUAGUACAAUUACAAUGUGUACAAUACUGUGUAUUUCCAGCUGUUUUCUACAGUGUUGGGGCGAUAAUUGUACUGCUUAACCUUGAAUUCUAUGUGGUGUACAUUUUCUAUGAUGUUUCACUUAUGAGUAGUACAUAGGUCAGUUCUUGUAGAUUGGUUCUUUAAGAGUUACUUUACAAACCGUUGUACACAAAAUUGUAUUCUAUAGAUAUCAGUAAUAAAGUGCUUGCUAUAAUAUA